CGGGUGGACUCAUCCGACCGAUCGCAAUCAGACAAAAUGUGACUCGGAAAAACCUUUGUCUCGUCUGCCUUCUAUCCGUCAUCAUGCUGUGUUCUCUUCUCCUCAGUUCUUUGUUACCGACCUUACCAUCUCGGAUCGUCGUCCUCUAACGCGCUCUGUGAUCGUGGCUGGACGGUGCUCUACCUUCUACCCCGCCGGAGCGAAGACAGACUGCUAUAAGGUGACAAACACCCCUUUCCAGCUGUACAUCGGCGCUGGAGUCACCCUCUUACCAAUUUCGAACCCGCGCAGUAUUACCUUGGUCGCCUUUGCCUCCCUAAAAACCAUACCUCGUCUGUUUUGUCCGACACUGUUGUUUUCCCUCCAACACUCACUUCCCGUUUCCCUUGUUUUGACGGCUGCCUUCCCAUACUGCCGCCAUGGGGAACAGCCCCGCUGCCAUCAUUAUCGCCAGACAUGGCGCCCGUUUGGAUGCGGCCGACAAAAAUUGGCAUCUGACAUCACCGACUCCCUAUGAUCCUCCCCUCUCCUACGGCGGUUGGCUACAGUCUCGCGCGCUAGGUGCUAGAAUUGUCAACCUGCUACAGACUAUGGACGAUGAAGCAGACUCCACGCAGAAUGAAGAUGAACAGAAACUAUCCCCUGUCCGUGCACAAAAACCAAAGCGCAAGCGCAGGAUCAUCAUCCAUACCUCUCCUUUCCUUCGCUGUCUUCAGACGGCUAUCGCAGUCAGCUCAGGGAUCUGUCAAAAUUCCCCUGAACCGGACUACCAACAACCAUAUGCCUCGAUCGCAGACCGAAUUCACAAUGCUACACCUCAUUCUAUAUCGAAUCUGACCUUGGAGACACCGCCGACCUCAAGUUCUCGAUCAAAUCCGGACAGCACGCGAUGCCUCUUGCGCGUUGACGCUUUCCUAGGAGAAUGGCUCAGUCCCGACUAUUUCGAGCAGAUUGUUCCGCCUCCAUCGUCUGAUCGACUGAUUGCAGCCGCGAAAAUCGAACUGUUGCGGCGGGAGCCGAGCUUUGUUCCUAAGGCAGAUAUCACCACCAAACCGUCCCUCGGUUUCUUCCCGGGUGGCUGGGGCAGCGCGUCAACUCCAGUGUCUCCCGGUCCAGAGCUCAAUGCGAUCAGCAAAAAUGGAGCUUCACCUACAACAAACUCCACGCAGGGGCAGCGGAAUCGUGCCGGUAGUUGUGACGCUUUGGGUGCCGGUGAAUCCUCCCGCGGGCGGAAAUUGCUGAGGAAGAUCAACACCAACCUGCCGUCUAUUCCCGACAGCGCAUAUGUGCCUCCAACGCCCAGCUAUGCCAUCUCUCCUUCCGACUCAAUUCCUGCUGGCUAUGUGACGCAUGCCCGUGAUGCCUGCGUGAAAGUCGACUAUCAAUGGGACAGCAUGCGGAAGGAGAUGAACUGGGGUAACGGGGGUGAAUACGGGGAGGAAUGGAGCUCAAUGCAUACGCGAUUUCGCACUGGGAUGGAACGCAUGGUCAACUGGUACGACGAGCAUGAUACUUCAGUUUCUACUCGUCAGCGUCAGCGACAUUCCAAAAUGUUGAACGGAACCGGGGAAAUCGCCCAGUCUCAAGAUGAUGACGACGAGACUGAGACGAUUCUGGUUGUGAUCACUCAUGGAGCUGGCUGCAAUGCUCUCAUUGGGGCAAUUUCAGGGGAGCCAGCGCUGGUGGAUAUUGGCACGGCGUCGCUUACGCUGGCGGUGCGCAACCCCGAUCUACACGAGUCAAUCGGGACUACUUCCACUGCUUCUGUUGGGUCCCUAGACUCGGAGCAGUCUCUGGAUGAGCUGUCCAACCUGCAGAGCUAUCGCCUGAAGAAGGUGGCAUCCACAGAGCAUUUACGAACUGGGGUUAGCACUUCUGUUGUCUCGUCCCCUGUCAACCUUACCUCGCCGAGCAUGUCGACGUAUCGCCAGCGUGUUACCCCGCGACAGUCGACGUCUCAAGGAAUGUUCAUCAUUGGUCCCUCUUCUACAUCUGGGAUGGGCUCUCAGACCUGGACGUCGGCGCGGCCCUCGACCGCCACCGCCCCCAGUGGCUCGACGGGGCUAUGGGGAUCCGUGUCUGCCUCAGCUGAGCCAGCGGAUGACAUUGUGCCCAACUUUGGCGACUGGACCACGCCGGCACCCUUAUCAGCGGUGGAUCAACCGGUUGCCACCGAGCAAACCUGGACCAGUAAUAUCCCCCAACGCGCGAUGUCGCAGCGCGGUCUGUGGGGUAGCGAACCCCUGCAAAAGGAUCGGGAAGCGGGCACCAAACGGCGUUGGACCGUGACCGAACGACGAAGGCUCUGAUUCGCAUGGCAGGCAUGUGAUAUUGCUCAUUAGCUUCUUGGCGCUGGACGCAUGGUGCUUGGACGUCAAUCAUGAUUUCACGAAUUCCUUUAGUCUAGCCAUGUAGUAGCUUUGAAAUCUUGCUAACUUGGGAGGCAUGUAUUAACAUCAUGGAUUAUGUAUCUAAAACACAAUAUACCCACAACAACCAAUCG